UACACUGCCACUUGGUGAUGUCUCAGGCCGGUGACAGUGUCUAUUAUGACAUCACCGAGUUUCAUACAAGGAAUCAUUGGUCAGGAGCUGUAGAUCUCUUUGAGAGAGAAGUGAUAGGAGAGAGAGCAUUGCUCAAUACUUUUUCGUGUGUUUUGUGCAUUUUGAAAAUGAUUUUCCAAUUAUUUUUCAUUGUGUGUUGGAUGUGUGCUGUUAGUAGCCGUCCUCUGCCUCCAGUUGAGGAAAAUACCAUCAUCCCUCAUUCUGGACUUGAUGUGCCCACAGACAGUGCCAAGGACCAGGGACUUGUGAGAAUCCGGAGAUCAAUAUCUUCGCAAAUUCAAGACCUAAGCGAUCGCUUCCAGUAUAUCCCACGAAGCGUUAUUAUCGGCACUCCGUUCUUGAUGCUGUUCCUGGCCCUGCUUUGCUGCUAUAGCAUCUGCCUGGAUCCACCAGAGACCUGAGGAACAUCCACCUCCUGAAUGAUCCCCCGGACAUGACCUCGGCUGAGUUUUAUUGACUAUGAUUCCCACCCGACCAUGAUGUGGCUUCAUUCUGACUGAUCUCCCGGUGACGACCCCUGGCUACGAUGCUGAAUUCUUUUAAUAAAGAAUUUUUUAGACCAAUCAAAUGGUUGUAUUGAUGUUUCUGCCUAUUAUGGCCUUCCUCAAAAAGUUCUAUAACAUAUGUAGUAAAAAUAAUGAAUGCACCUCUUCCAUCCACACUGAAUAAUGUCAUACACAGAUUUGCGUAUGGUCUCAACCUAUUAGGCCUCUCCCUAUGAGCCAGAAAGUCCUUCACAAAGUCCUUAUUCUGGUAGACUCAGGCUAUCCACGUGUUUACGCGAUAACUGCGCGAGCUGGUUAUCAGUUCGCGCUCUCAGCUGAUCCCGCCCGCCGUUUGUAAAGUCAGUCAGCAGUCACUCCGCACCUCAGUCGGCAGAUAAUUGAUAGUUUGUUUCAAUUCGGUCAUUUUGACAUUUUUCCUCAGCCUCAGGCAUUAUUAGUAACACAGCACCAUCUACUGGUGUUUUUCCUGUACUGUCCUAUCUCCAUUGCCCCUAUUGUAUAUAGAUAUAACAGGUUAGAUUUUAGAGUUAUAUUUUCCUCAGGUAUUAUAUAUUUCUAUCUAUAUAAUUUGCCUAAUUUUGUAGUAUUAUGGCAAAUGAGGAUACCUCUAAGGUUUCUGAGACCACUAAUUUUAACAUGCCUGAGAGUAAUGCCAUUCAGUCCAUGGUGGACUUAUCCGUCCGUAAAGCCAUGGCCUAUAUUCCAGAUAUUGUGGCUCAGUCUAUGGCCCUAGUCAUGUCUCAUCAAAGACCUCAUAAGUCUCCCAAAGCGGGACCCUCUACCCCGUCGGAUCAAUUUUGGUCUGCGGAGGACUCUACUUCUCAGCUAGCAAAAGGCUGGAGAAAAUCUGGGAAGGCCUCCCAUGAACGGCCUAAAUUACCUACCGGUCCUCAGAAAACAUAAGAAGCCUAAGAUGGCCAUGGACCAGGUCUCUCAUACGGCUUUUACAAAAAGCAAGCAUACUGAUGCCAAAAAGGUGCAUCCCAUACCCUCUACCCGAGAGGAGAUAGAUAAUAUUCGGGCUCACAGAGUCUCCCACAGGAACAAACCUGACUCAUAUAAUACUUCUCCUGACCAAUCCUCAUCUGAGGAGGGGGAGAUUACGGAGGCUGAGUCAGACUCUGACUAUGAGGACGUUUCUGAUAAUGAGGACACUGCAUUAACCUCUGGAGGAACCUAAAACGGUCAUUACUGACAGCUCGGGCAUACCUUAUUUUGACCCGAGUCUUCUCAAACACCCACGUUCUGGGGAAUGGUCCCCUCACUCUAAUGUAUCCCAAUUUUUGAGCCUAUGGUUGAGAAAACCUUUAGAUAAGGCUACUCGUAAUAGGUUACGAGCUGAAUGUCCGAGACCCAUUAUUCCACACAAAUUAUAUGUCACUCCUGACAUCGAUCCCACCCUAGUAAAAUUUUUAAAUAAAUCUGGGAAGAAUCCCAAGAAAGGGGUGGAUCGGUCAUUCCGUACCAUCCAAGAUCGUUUUUUAGAUCUAUUAGGCCCCUUAACUAAGAUCUUAAACUGAAGAGGCAAGUUCAUCAGGCAAUCCUGUGAACUUGGACACCCUUAAAGGGUGGGCUCAAAGAGCCCUUUGCAUAUAUGGAGGAAUAAAUUCCACUAUUUGUACGGAACGCAAAAGAUCUAUACUUUUAAAAUUAGAUCCUCAACUCAUUAACUUAGCCUCAUCUGAGCCUGACUCCCCUACGGAGGGCUUACUUUUCGGAGACACCUUCAUUAAGGAAAUAAAUAAGUAUGUCUCCCUAUUCUCGUCUCUGGACAAGGCACAGACUUCCCUCAAAAAAGUCUUCCAGCCCCGUGUUUUUCCCAAGGCUGGGAAAAGAAGGGGCAAUUUUCCCAGCCAACAUGUCCAAGACAGACGAUAUUCCCGUGCCCCUCCAAAACCAGACAGAUUUUCAAAUCCCACCACUUCCUACCAACCCAACCCCUUCUUCCCCACAAGAGGAAGACCCUGGAGAGCCAGAGGACACCGCGGCUACCCUAGAUCCAGACCCAAUGCAGGUAAGUCUACAAUUGAUACCUUCUUUCCCACUUCCAUUAGGAGGAAGGAUUACAUAUUUUUCCCCUUGUUUGGGCAAUGAUAACCACAGAUUCUUGGGUCCUGAACACCAUUCUAGGUUAUCAAAUAGAAUUCAUGUGUCCUCCACAUCAAACCCUGAAUCCUCAACCAAUUUACUUGUCAGAAGACAACAAAAAUCUCAUAGACAUGGAAAUCAAGGAACUAAGUUCCAAGAAUGCAAUUAUACAAAUACCUUCUCAUACUUCGGGUUUUCUGAGCAACCUGUUUUUAGUAAAAAAGAAAGAUGGCGGUUACAGGCCUGUAAUAAAUUUAAAAACCCUCAACAACUAUGUUUGUUAUCAUCACUUCAAGAUGGAGGGCAUACAUCUAUUGAGAGAUCUGCUCUUACCAGAGGAUUGGUUAGCAAAGAUAGAUCUCAAAGAUGCUUACCUGACGGUACCCAUGCAUCAUCUCUCUCAACCAUACCUCCAAUUUUUAUGGAAGGAUCAAAAGUGGCAGUUCACCAGCCUGCCCUUUGGCCUCUCUUCCGCCCCUUGGUGUUUCACCAAACUUCUCAGGCCGGUUGUAGCACUUCUAAGAGCCCGUGGUGUCCGUCUCAUUAUUUACUUGGACGACAUCCUUCUCAUGGCUCAAUCUCUAUCCCGGAUACACCUACACAUUCAAUGGACUUUGUCUCUAUUUUCCAAUCUAGGCUUUAUUAUCAACAUGGAGAAAUCAAUCCUUUCUCCCUCGAAGGAAUUAGAAUUCCUGGGAUUUCUUAUAAAUACCCAAUCGGCUCUCCUCAGUCUUCCCUCAAGAAGAUUGAAAACCAUUCGGAGAGAGAUUUAUUCCAUUCUGAACAAGGAGAUGGUUUCCCUUCGUUCAAUUGCCCGAGUGGUGGGCCUUCUUUCUGCCUCCAUUCAGGCAAUCUUCCCAGCUCCAUUACACUAUCGAGCCCUUCAACGUCUGAAGGCUCAGCAUCUUCGAGAAGGUCUUGGAUAUGAAGACGAGAUAGCAUUAACCCCAGAUACCAAAGAAGAGCUUCUUUGGUGGCUAAAACAUCUUCAGGAUUGGAACGGGAAGGCUAUUUUCAAUUCAGUCCCGGAUCUGAUCAUAGAAUCAGAUGCCAGUCUUACAGGUUGGGGAGCUCGAUGCGGCUCCUCGUCAACAGGAGGAAAGUGGUCUCCAGAAGAGACCAUGUUACACAUCAAUUGUCUCGAGUUAUUAGCUGGUUUCUUCGCCCUGAAGAGUUUUGCGAAGACCAGGUCAAAUUGUUGCAUCCUCUUACGGAUGGACAAUAUCUCCGCAGUUCAGUAUAUCAACAAACUGGGAGGUACCAAGUCUCUACCCCUGGCCAAUAUCGCAAAAGAUUUUUUGGCAUUAUUGUCUUCACAGAGACAUCACCAUCAAAGCAGAAUACUUACCUGGACUUUCCAACACCAUUGCGGACUGGAACUCUCGUUUCUUCAAAGAUUCCAGCGAUUGGCAAUUGAAUCCCAAAAUAUUCAACUGCAUCAACUCUCUUUGGGGUCCUUUAUAUCUGGAUCUCUUCGCAUCCCGUCUGAAUCGCCAGGUCCAUCGCUUUUACAGUGGGCGUCCGGAUCCAGAAGCGGAGGGUAUAGAUGCCCUUCUCCAACAUUGGCCCCCGGACAACCUCUACGCGUUUCCUCCUUUUAUUCUGAUUUCGAGAGUUCUUCUACUCAUCAAAUCUCUGAAAUCAACUGUGGUUCUGAUAACCCCUUGGUGGCCAACCCAAUCGUGGUUCCCCCAAAUUUUGGAAAUGAUUAUAGACUUCCCUCGUCUACUCCCAUCUCACCCGUUUCUACUUCAGGAUUCCUUAGGGAAUCCUCAUCCUCUCAUAACCUCCAACAGUCUUCAAUUGAUAGCUUGGUUUGUUUCGGGUCAACAGACUCGGAUUUCGGACUUUCUAAUACAUCUAGAGAGAUACUCUCGGACGCUUGGGCCCCAGGUACCAGAUCUGCUUACAGAUCAGCCUGGAAAGUUUGGUCUUAUUGGUGCAUGCAACGGGAUCUGGAUCCCGUUCAUGCAUCUCUAGAACACAUUAUAAAAUUUUUUGUCUUCAUCUUUCGAUCUUGGAAAAGCGUAUCGUACCAUUAACGUCUACAGAUCUGCCAUUUCUUUCUAUCAUUCUCCUAUUAAUUCUAUUUCGGUAGGCAGACAUCCCUUAGUCUGUAGAUUAAUGAAGGGUAUUAAAUUCAGACGUCCUUCUUUACCCAGGUAUCAUUCUACCUGGGAUGUUAAUUUACUCUUACAAUACAUUAUCUCUCUAGGGGAUAACGAGUCUCUCUCCCUUAAAUUGCUUUCUUUUAAACUCACUGCGUUAUUAUGUCUUAUAUCUUUAAAACGAGUCUCAGAUGUCAGAGCCCUUGACAUUUCUCAUAAACAAUACUUACCUAAUGGGGUUCGUUUUUCUAUAUAUAGACGGACUAAGACCACACUACAUUCGGUAUUCUAUCCUUUUCCUCAACAAAAAUAUCUUUGUGUGGUUUCUUGUCUUCAAAUCUAUGAACUACGAACUGCUUCCCUUCGCAACCCCUCUGAUUCUCAACUACUGAUUUCUUUCUGUAAACCUUACCGCCCUGUUUCUUCUCCCUCUUUAGCCAGAUGGAUGAAACAGAUUAUGCAAUUAGCGGGUAUUGACAUUUCCGUUUUUAGGGCUCAUUCUGCUAGAGGAGCCAUGUCUACUAAAUUACAACAAGCUGGAGUAUCUUUAUCAGAUAUCCUUAAAGCUGCUAAUUGGUCUUCUGAAUCAACUUUUAAGACGUUUUAUUUUAGACCAGAUCCUCAUGUUUCUACUGCAAUUCUCUGAUUAGUUAUUUAUAUGGAAUUGUAUUUGAAUUCAUUGUCUGUUAGCUUUAAACUUACAAAAUGGAGCCUCCAGUCUUGUAAUAAAAUUUGAAAUUUUCCUAGUCCUUAUGACGGAAAA